GUCACGGGCACAUUACUUUCAGCGCCGGCUGCGUUUCACGUUGUCACUUUCGUUUGGCCGAAUACGAACUAACUAACAUUUUAAACAAACAGAGGAAAAACCGGACUUGGAUCGACGGAAAAUGUCGGAAAAGUACAGUAAGCUGCAGAAGCAGUUCCUCUGCUGCUAUCCGGUGAAGAAAAUGGCCUGGUCGUCCGUGAAGUUGCCACUGAAUUGGGAGGAGCAGCAGGAGCUAAUUGAAGCAACCUGUGGACAUCCGAUGAACCUGCGAUAUCCAGUGCGUCGUAGUUACUUGGAGGCAUUCCUCAAACAGCUGAUGCAGUUGCUCAAGGACCAGGAGGAUCUGCACGACGACAUCUACAGCAGUCUGUGCGCCAGAAUGGCGGAGAGUCCAGGAACCUCGUAUGCCUACAAGCAUUAUCUUCUCACUCCGGAUGCCCACAUAACACUCCGGGAAUCGAAGAGCUUCGUUAGCGAGGGAACCACCGGUUUGUGCACCUGGGAAGCUGCUCUCGCUCUGGGCGACUACCUCCUCCACCAUCGCGAUUUGAUCAGGGGAAAGAAUAUUGUGGAACUGGGAGCUGGAACUGGUUUACUGGGCAUCCUUUUUAAGCUACCAGCAUUAAAGCUGGAUGUUGGCGAAGUACUCCUCACCGAUGGCAGUGAACCCUGUGUCCAGCUGAUGCGUGAAAAUAUUGCCUUAAAUUUCCCAGAUGCUCCAAAGGAACAGAUUCCCCAGGCGGAGCAGCUGAGCUGGAAUGAAGUCAGUGAAUUCCCCUGGGAGUCCCGUAAAGAAGUGGAUGUUCUACUCGCGGCGGAUGUGAUCUACGAUGACACACAGUUCACCGCUUUGUUGGGAGCAUUGGACUUCUUUAUCAAGAGGCGAGGAGAUGCCUUGGAAACCUAUGUGGCCAGCACAGUGCGAAAUAUGGAUACUCUGAACAAGUUUAUGACCCAGUUGGAACUCCGUGGCUACAAGGUGACUCCAUGUGGAAAUAUAUCGGCGAGUGCCAGCCACUUUUGUCGCGAUCACACCGCCGCCGUUCAGAUUGUCUUGAUCCGGCGCUAGUUUUUAGUCCUAAAAUAAACCAACCCAACGAAAACAAA